ACGCAUGUAAGUGGUCACAGGGCUGUUUCGCCGGCGACCAGGGUUGGCAAAAAAGCUGCACCGGUCGGUGGUCCGUAUAUAUUUCACAAAUUCUGGAUUAAAUUGUGUCAGCAUGGACUUGCCGCUGAACGAUGGCUCUCAGCAACCGCCGCAACACACCCCCCACCCACUGGCGGACUAUCAGUUCUCCGCGGAGGAAGUGAAGGCGUUACGUGAGUGCAAUACGGAGUCAUUCUUCCAGCGCAGUCUGCCCUUCGGCACCGGACUCGGCCUGUUGGCGUACUUUGGCGUCAAAAACGGCUAUCUGCAAGGACAUGGGAAGUACGGAGCCGUUCCAAAGGUCGUGAUGGGCGUCAUUCUGGGCUACUUUGUCGGCAAAUUCAGCUACCAACAGAAGUGUGCAGAAAAGAUUAUGCGUCUGCCCAACUCUCACUUGGGCGAACUGCUGCGUCAGCGUAGGCAGGGCGGCGGCGUCAUAAGCUCCAUAACACCGGACGAGAAUCUGGGCAGGGCCUUCACACUGGCCCCCUUUUCGCCCAGCUCGGCGGACGUGUACAGCGAUGAGGCCUAUCAGCCGGCCAGGAGCACUGCCCUCAACCUGGACACGGAGUCGCGCCCAACCAUGUCCGGCCUGGACGACAUCUAUCGGCCCACUCUGGACUCUGCUUCGAUGUUAGACACGGAUCUGCCCUUGGAACCAGCCAAGCCGGGUCAGUCGUACGAAGACCUGCGACGAAGGAACCGUGAGGAGCACUCGAAGCACCAGCAAAGUCCCUACUCGCGGCCCUACGAACCACCAGCUCCCGUUCAGCAGCGACCCGUGGAGCCAGCCGCUGGCAGAAAGAAUCAAUACGGCGACUCCUGGACAGACUGAGCUGGCACAUUAGGCAUUGUUAUUUUGUUGGACAUAAAACGCGCAUAAAGUUCUGUGUACAGACGA